UUUGAGCCGGUGAGCUGUUAGUUUAGGUUAUGUGGUGUUGUAUUGAUGAUGAUGGUUAAUAGUUAACGCAAUAAGAACGCAUAAUUUCCAACGCGUUUACUUAAACCUACUAGAGAAUACUUCAACAUAUAGUUUUUAAUAGAAUUAGUUAUUAUAAUGGUUUGGUUGACUCCAACUUUCAGGGAAGCUGCAAAAAAUUUGCAGAAAAGUCCUAAAAAAGCACUGACAUUCAUCGAUUCCCUACGGCUCCACGUGCAGGGAGGGGCUGGCGGAAUGGGCCAUCCCAAAUUUGGAGGGGUGGGAGGUCGAGGGGGCAGAGUAUACGUUGAAGGAGUGGAGGAUAUGUCAUUAAAAGACCUGAUGAAGUCACUAAAGGGCAAGCACAAAGUAAAAGCAUCGGUUGGGCAAGAUAGUAACGCCAGGAGCAUUCUGGGUAGACCAGGCAAUGAUGUGGUGAUUCAAUGUCCUACAGGCGUCACUAUCAUGUCUGAAUAUGGUAAUAAGCUAGGAGAUGUGAUGAAGAAGGGGGAUAUUGUGUUGGUGGCUGAAGGAGGAGUGGGUGGCUCUCCCACCAAUGGCUACUGCGGUGCCAAGGGCCAAGCUCUGGCAAUCAGCCUCGACCUCAAGCUAAUUGCAGAUGUGGCAUUUGUUGGCUUCCCCAAUGCUGGAAAGUCAACACUGCUCUCCAAGCUGUCACGAGCCACUCCCAAAAUUGCCAACUAUCCUUUCACAACCCUGAGGCCAACUGUGGGCAUUGUCAGUUUUCCGGAUGAACGUCAGAUCUCGUUGGCUGACCUGCCCGGGUUGAUCGAGGGUGCCCAUGUGAACCGUGGGCUGGGCCACCGAUUCCUGCGUCACGUGGAGCGCAGCCAAGUGCUGCUGCUGGUCGUUGACGUGCAGGGUUUCCAGCUCAGCCACAAGUAUCCCCACCGCACGUGUAUUGAAACCAUUCUGCUCCUCAACAAGGAAGUGGAACUGUACAAGGAGUUUCUCCUCAAUAAGCCGGCAAUGCUGCUUGUGAACAAAAUGGAUACUGAAGGUGCAAAAGAACGUUAUCGAGAAAUCACUCAUGCUGUUAGAGAUCUGUCAAGUGUCCUUCAUAAAUAUCCUCCAGAAAUGAGGCCUGAGCGUCUCUUCGAGUUUGUGUCAGUUCAGUGCUUUUCAGCCAAGGAAGCGACUGAGUUCGAAGUGAAGGAGUGCCAGAAUGAGAUACGAAGAGUGCUGGACUGGGUGGCAGUUGAGACGGAAGCUCAGAAGGAGAGAGAACUUGAACUGUUGAAGAAACUACAGCACAGACAAACCGAAUAUGGGCCUACAGUUUUAUAGUUAGUUGUGUGUUAGUGUGACUUGUAAAUAUUGUGUAAUAAAUAGUUUAUUUUGCUA